ACUCAAAUAGUCAAAAACCAAUCAAAGCGAUUUAAAAAAAAAGUUGUGUAAACGAUCUUAUUAUUAUUGUUUUGCUACGAAUUAUUUGUUUUAUUACGUGAACUACACACAAUAUGUCUGCAAAAUAAGUGAAUUAAGAUCAAUAGAACUUCUAUUAACACGUGUAACGAGUCAAAACACAAUAAAAUUGUGAAAUUACGGUGAUGUAAACAGAUUUAUAAACAGUGUAUUUCAACAACAAAUAUUUUAAUCGGUUGAAAUGUUACCGAUUUUGAUGUACAAUAAUAUGGAAGGGAGUUCUAAUUCGUUGAAUAAUACGCCUAACACUAGUUUUAAUCAGUACGAUGAUAGUAUUAUUUUAAAUUGUGUUAGAAAUCGGAAGAAAGUUACGGAAUUACCGAGUUGUCCGGUUUGUAGUUGUACUAUUAGACAAGGGGAGUUGGACUCCCAUUUAAGUUUGGAGGUGGAGAGAUUGCAGAAAUUGUCUGGAAGUGGGUCUAAGAGGAAGCUUAGUGUGAAUUCUAGUGCUAAUCUAGCUGUGCCUGGAUCUAGUACUAGCCAGGAUGUACUAGAAGAUGAAGUAGAUGUGUCAGGCUGUUUGGGCAGCGAUGUUUACCAACGGGUACACGCCAACCGCCUCAGGCGCCUUCGAGCCCGUCGCCGAAGCACCCCGCCCCCUCAAAACGGAGAAUGUCCAGUGUGCAAUACUACGCUACCUGUGUCCAGGCUACAGAGGCAUGCGUUAAGGUGCCUGAAGCGGACGGGAGCUGAGCUGGAUGAGGAUGUACCGGAUACCAGCUCUGAAGAGGGUAGCAUUGAUGUUGAGAACGACGAGCCAUCAGGCGGCGGCUUCGGGGCGGAGUACCAGUGGUGUGGAGAGUGGAGGGUGAGGGCCACGGCGCUGCAGGACUCGGAAGCAAGGGACGCUACCUGCGUCCGGAGAGCUUCCAACGAUCAGGCUCUGGUCGUGGACGGCGAUGAAGAUACGGAAUUAUACGGUCCCCCUCAAUACUCGCCGUCGAGGAUAGCUCCCGAUGCAGAUCUAUCAACAGACGUAUCGAUAGACGCACAGACGGAUGAUCAGGCCGAAGCAGCAGAGAGUUCGGAGAGCGACCGACCAGUGGCGACACCUAGUAGCAAAUGUAAUGGAUUAGUUGAAGCUAGCGCUGAAACUAGAAUCCAGGCUUUAAAAGCGAGAAUAAAAGACUUAGAACGAAAAGCGAAUGGCGGUGGAGAGAUGAAAUGUCUGAUCUGUUUGGAGCAGUACACGUCGCCGACUGUGUCCAUACAAUGCUGGCAUGUUUACUGUGAAGUAUGCUGGCUCCAAUCUCUGCGAGCUAAGAAAAUUUGUCCGCAAUGCAAUGCCAUCACCACUGCUCAGCACCUUAGAAGAAUAUACAUGUAAAACAUAUAUUAUUAUAAUAUUAACAUACACAAUACAUUACCAGCGGGUAACAAUCCACUACUGGACUAUCGCCCGAAUACUGAAACGCUACUCAAUUUUGAGUUGUACUUAAAUAUCGUGCUAUCUCUGUCAUUUUAUAAAGAAUUGAUAGUGACAGAACUACACUCGAGAGCGUCUUAAAAUUGAGUAGCGUUUGAGUAUUCGGGCAUAAUGUAGGCUGUUUAAGGGAACAGAGAGUAAAGUUCCCUAAGUAAAGCAGUAUCCUCCGACCAGGCGGUGAUCGUGUCUGGCAGCUUUCUGCCCAACUGUAGUUCGUUGGGAUUGUCUAUCCAUGUUUAUUCGCAUGUACACUUCACAUGUACGAUGUAUGGUUUAUGACGUCAUCCGUUGAUUUGCUCGUCGAUCGUCUAUGUACGACUUCCGUCAUGUGUCAUUUGUCAUGUGUCGCCACAUCACAUGACGAGCGACACACUACAUACAUUUUAAUACAGGUCUGAAUGAAAUGCAUGUAGUUAUGCUAUCAAUAACUUUAUCAGUCAUUAAUUAUUAUGUUAUCGGCUAAUGCCCGAAUACUCAAACGCUACUCAAUUUUAAGACGCUCUCAAAUAGUUCUGUCACUAUCAAUUCUUUAUAAAAUGACAGAAAUAGCACGAUAUUUAAGUACAACUUAAAAUUGAGUAGCGUUUGAGUAUUCGGGCGUUACUCACGUAACUGUUUGACGAGGAACUCGACUAGUUUAGAGAGUAGCUGCAUCGACAGUCACCGCGUCGUGUGUCGCGGAAUGCUGCUCAUGAAUAUGAGCCUCUAGCAUGGCUUGAAACUAGUCGAGUUCCUCGUCAAACAGUUACGUGAGUAAGCCGAUAACAUAAUAAUUAAUUUAGUAUGUCACACGACAAUUAUAAUAAAAUUUUACAGGCAUGUUGAAGUGACUAGAAAUAUAAAUUAAAGUCUGAUUGUAAUAUUUUGUUUGUAUAUUAUGUUUUGGGUUUAAAAACUUAAAAGACAAUGUGUCCAUACCAAUUAUAGAUAACAAAUGUUAUCUAAUUAUAUUAGUUCCUUCUUUUAUGCGUAAUGACCCCAUAAUAUAUCUAUAAGACCCCCUAGUUUAUGUCUAAAGGGGGUCUAAACAGUUUCUGUUUGAAAAAAUCGCCACUCGUCUUGUUUAUUAGGGAUGAUAGCAAAGCUUUAUUUAAUGUCUGUCUGGUAGAUUGACUUAAAAUAUUUAUACACGUAUUUUUUUCUUUUCUUAUAGUUGCAAGAACUGACGAUAUAAUAUUGAAAUAUGUUAUAUUAUGUUUUAUACAGAACGGCUCCCACUCCAAAACUUUGAUUCGUUUUAUCUAAGUAUUGUUAUCUUAUAAUAUGACAAAAUAAAAAAAUACGUGUCUAAUAUUUUUUCGUUACCUAACUGACGGACUAAAUAGAUCUUUAAUUUUCAUACCCCGUCAUCAUCCCUAUUUUGUUGGAAAAUUUUCCUCGAUCAAUUUCAACAUCACAGUCGUGGAUUAUUUAAAAUAAAUGACAUCACAUUAUCGAUAGUCCACUGCUGGACUAUGAGCCUCCUCUACAUAAGAGGGUUUGCGAUAAUCUCCGCAGGCAGGCGGGUUGGAGAUCGCAGUGUAUAAAACUCAGUGUAAAAAUAGCGCUCAAAAAUGAAUACAGGUGAUAAUAACACAAAAAAGAACUAUUUUAAUUGUUUUCUUCUAAAGAAAAGAGAAAGAAUACGCUCUUUCCUUGAAGGUUUGAAGGUCGUAUCGGUUCGGAAAUACUGCCGACGACAGCUCAUUCCACAGUUUUGCUGUGCGAGGCAGAAAGUUUUGUAAAAAGCGCACAGUUGUGGCCUGCCAACCAUCUAUAUGGUGGGGAUGGAAAUGCUGUCGUGUGGGUCGAUGGCGAAAAGACGCGACAGGUAUAAGAUCACACAUUUUUUGUAGUAUUUGACUAGUUAUGACAAUGCACGGUUGGCUAGGCUACCGGCUGCCACGCAACGUGUAGCGGGUUUGAAUCCGCACGGAGCAACUCUUUGUGUGAUCCACUAAUUGUUGUUUCGGGUCUGGGUAUCAUGUGUGUGUGAACUUGUAUGUUUGUAAACAUACCCAUGACACAGGAGAAAAUCCAAAUGUGGGGAAAAUCCCAUAAAAAAUGUUACCAUCAUUAUCAUAUGUAUUAGUUUUCUAGAGCGGUCUAUUUACACCGGGUAUUUAAUAUUAUGUAAAAAAAUAUGCCUUCUAUGAAGAUGUACAAUAAUAGAUUUAAUGUAACAAUUAAUUAGUCCUAUAACCAAUUAUGUAAAUAAAAUUAUUUUUUUCUAUGA